AUUGGGGUUGGUCAUAGUGGUUUUUGUCGGAAACCUUUAGUAGCUGAGGAACUUGUUACUCUUAUUUGAAUAUCUUGUCUUGAAGCCGAGAAACAUAGCUCUACAGAUGAUAGAACUUCUGCAUUUUAAUACCAAGAAAAUGUUCCUGUUCUGCUGCGUGUUUCUCCUUGCUGGAAGCCUUGUACAAGGUUUCCCUACGAAGAAAGAAGAAUACCAAAGGAUUCGUUGCAUACCAGGAGAAAAUGACAUAGGUUGUGCACAAGAGAAGGCAAUUUUUGAUCAAGCUCAAGAAAAUAAUGCAAUUGAUCGCAGCCCUAUAUCCAAGAAGGUCCAGUCGUUCAUAGCAUCCAUUCCAUUUUCUGCAGAAGAUUCUGGAUCAGGCCUUUAUUCGGGAGAAGAUCCUGGCUCUGCGAGUGAAAAUAAUGCAUUUUCUAAUGAGAUAAAUGAUUCCAAGCAAUAUUUUUCUGAGGAAAAUUUUAUUGUGUAGCUGCAGACGAACACCCUAUGUUCUGACAUGAAGGCAUAUUGAACAGGAAACUGUAAACCUAUAAGCUCCUACGUGUAACCAGCAAUGGCUUCAGUAAAAUGUGUCUAUAUUAUGUGCGUCACAAUCUUUUGUUGAUGUUAUUAUGAUACAUUAAAAGGGAUGUCAGACUC